AUGGAGAUAUCUCCAGAUCAUCUGGCGAGUAAGAUUGUAGAAGCUUAUAGACAGUUACCCGAAAAUGAACGAUUACUCGUAGCUAUAGCGGGUCCCCCAGGAUCAGGUAAAUCCACUCUCGCCUACCCACUCACCGACGCCCUGAACGCCUUAUUACUCCACCAUCCACCAGCAAACCCAGCACACAUUGAAGAGCCUCAGUCACUCGAACUGGCGGAAGCGGAUGCUCAGCAGGGUCAGAAUGACGAAGUAGCGAUUUGUGUAGGGCUGGACGGAUGGCAUUAUAGUAGGGAAGAAUUGGACGGGUUCGAAGAUCCGAAAGAAGCGCAUUGGAGGAGGGGAGCACCAUUCACAUUCAACCUCCCGUCAUAUACCUCCUUCCUCCAAACCAUCCGUCAACCCAUCUCCAACUCUGAGCAGAUAUCAUUUCCGACAUUCGAUCAUUCUCUCAAAGAUCCUGCGAUAUCCCCAGUGAGGAUAUCAGCCCAACAUCGUAUAAUCAUCAUCGAGGGUUUGUAUUGUUUAUUGGAUAAAGAGGGAUGGAGAGAUUCGGCUGCGUACUUCGAUCUCAAAAUAUGGGUAGAGGUAGAUAAGAAAGAAGCAAGGGAGAGGGUCCUGAAGAGGAACUAUGAGGCUGGGAUAGUGGAGGAUUAUAAAGCUUGUGAAGAACGGGUUGAUGCUGUAGAUAUGGCUAAUGGCGAAGAGGUACGGACACACCUAGUGAAUCCGGAUUAUAUAAUAACUUCAGUACAGGAUCAUCCAUUCUCGAGAGAAGCUUUCUCUGGACUGUGA